AUGCAUGGUAGGAAUUUGGCUCGGAAAAUUGCUCAUGAUUGUGUCAUUUGCACUAAAUUUAAACCUAGAUUUUUAGUUCAAAAAAUGGGCGAUUUGCCUAGUGUUCGAUGUAAACCAACUUUUCCUUUCCUAAAUUCUGGUACUGAUUUCGCAGGACCUUUUUUCAUAAAAAACAAAAAUCAACGUAAAGGCCCGUUUCAAAAAAUAUUUAUUGCUAUUUUUGUAUGUCUUGUAACUAAAGCUAUUCACAUUGAAAUUGUUUCUAAUCUAACAUCUGGCUCUUUUAUUGCAACCCUAAAAAGAUUCAUUGCCUGUAAAGGCAAAUGUUCCAUAUUAUAUAGUGACAAUGCCAAAACCUACUUAGGAGCAAAUAGAGAACUUAAACGUUUGUAUAAUCUAGUUAGUAAGCCAGAUGAAACUCUAUCUAAAUUUCUUAUUUCUGAGAGAAUUAAUUGGAAGUUUAUUCCCCCUAGAAGUCCAAAUUUUGGUGGAAUAUGGGAAAGUGGUAUAAAAUCAUUUAAAUUUCACUUAAAACGAACAAUAGGUACUUUAACAUACGAAGAAUUUCUAACUAUUAUUAAUCAAAUCGAAGGUAUUUUAAAUUCAAGGCCUUUAAUGCCACUUUCCAGUGAUGCUGAUGAUCUGGAUGUUUUAACACCAGCUCAUUUUUAA